AAAAUAAAAAUGGAACACAUAUUUAAAAGAGAAAGGAGAAAUUUUGGACGUUACCAUACGUUUGUUGACCAUGACGAAGUUGUUUUCAGUGAACCGUCGAACCGGGAGUUAUUUAGGCAAUUUAUACCAAAAAACCCAGUUGAUAUAACAACUCAACACACUUCACAAAUGGCCAUUAGUGAAGCUAACACGGAUUGUGUUACAUAUAAGAAUUGUGGCGUUUUUCAUAACGAAGGUGGUUGGCCUAAGGACAUUAAUAUGCAGGAUCCUGAACAAACUGUUAGAUAUAAACGCAAAAUAGAAAAAGACGAAAACUAUAUUCAACAAAUACUAGCUCUAACAAAACCAAUGGAACAUUACAUAUUUCAAAAUAACGCAGUCAAUAUUUACGAAAAUUAUUUUGAAGAUAUGGAACCAGCUCCUUUGCUGGAACCCUGUCAAUCAAGAACAGUUAAUGUUUACCGGGACCCAAAUCCCAUAAAGGUUCCAGUUACCCAUUUGUCAUGGUCCCCAGACGGGGGUGUUAAACUAGCUAUAUCACAUUGUGAUAUGACAUUUCAAGGUGAUAGAACUGGUCAAUUAAGCAAUUCUUACAUUUGGGAAGUGGAAAACCCUAAUCAACCUUUAUUAACUUUGGAACCAAAAUCUCAGUGUGUAUGUCUGGAAUAUAAUCAAAAGGAUCCAACAUCACUAGUAAGCGGGAUGUAUUCUGGGCAAGUAGCUGCAUGGGACACAAGAUCUGGAAAGUAUCCAGUGAUGAUUACUGAGAAUGAAGUGUGCCAUCGGGAAGCAGUUAAUUCCGUACUUUGGAUUAAUUCCAAAAGUGGAACCGAAUUUUUUUCUGGAAGUUCUGAUGGUCAGGUUAUAUGGUGGGACACAAGAAAAUUAAAUGAACCUUUAGAUAGAUUACUAAUGGAUCCAAUGAAAACAGAUGAACAAGAUUUAAGUAGAUCAUAUGGUGUUUCGGUACUUGAGUAUGAAACAACCAUUCCAACCCGAUUUAUGGUUGGAACCGAGAUGGGAAUGCUUUUUGCAUGUAAUCGAAAGGGAAAAACUCCAACAGAAAAAAUUAGUUCUAGGAUGCCAUGUCAAUUAGGACCAGUGUAUGCUAUUAUGAGAAACCCAGCUUUUGUGAAGAACUUUUUAACAGUUGGUGAUUGGACUGCUAGAAUAUGGUCAGAAGAUUGCAAAGAAAGUGCAAUAAUUUGGACUAAAAAUCAUGAUUCCAUUUUAACAGAUGGCGGCUGGAGUUAUACAAAAGUUUCGUUAUUUUUUGUUACACGAAUGGAUGGUGUCCUUGACGCAUGGGAUAUAUUACAACAAUUGAAUGAACCUAUAUUAAGUAUUAAAGUAUGCGAUGAUCCUUUAUUUUGCUUACGUACAAAUGAAAAUGGGAAGUUUGUAAGUUGUGGAAGUGAAAAAGGGGCAACAUUCUUGAUUGAAGUAUCUGAAAACAUGAUUUUCAGUGCAAAAAAUGAUAAGCCCUUACUAACAGCGAUGUUUGAACGCGAAAACAGACGCGAAAAAAUCCUUGAAGCAAAAUCUAGAGAAAUAAAAUUGAAACAAAGCAAAACUGCUGUUCAAAAUAAUCAGGCACAAGAGAACAUUGAUGACAAAUUUGCUGUGGAACCCUACAAAACUGCGUGUGAGCAGGCCGAGGUUGAUUAUUUUGCGGCUGUGGAACAAGAAAAAUUACGAAGAAUUGCAAAAGGAAACCAUGAUCUGGACGAAAGUGAAAUGUCCGAAGGAGAAAGUAGUAAAACUGAAAAUGCUAAUCCAAAAAGUUAA